AUGGAGACUGAGCUUGGUUUGAGUACCAGCGAAGCAUUCUCACGAUUAUGCAGCACGCUUGAAUCCGAAAUUGCCAAAGAGCGUGAACGUCUUUCUGUUGGACGAUUUGCACUCAGGUUUCUGGCACAUGAUGCGCUCACAACAGGGAGUUUCUGCCUUACAUUUGCCAUCGCUUUAUGUAUUUGUUCUGGCAUACUGAUUUUCGACUCCCUCUCCAGGGAAUGUGCGCUGCUACACAUCACUGCAUCACUUUUGUUCCUAGCUGUGACGCUGAGUAAUAUUUAUCUGUCAUCGCGAGUGUACCACAUGCAACGAUUUGCGGCCGUUAACAAGGCAACAAAUAUAUUAAAUUCGUUGAAGUUGGCGAGCCAAGAGGAGUAUGAUUACGAGCAUCUCUGUGCGCCGACCUCCGAUGCAAUCUCGUUACAGUACACAUACAGGGAUCAGAAGCUGGUUAAUGUGCCGUGCUUGCUUUUGGUGGAAGGUGAUGUGAUUGAGCUUCGUGCCGGCCAACUUGCUCCUUCGCGAUGUAUCAGUGAACAGGGCGAAUUCAUUGAUUUGGGUGAUAUGCCGCAGUAUCCACAAAUGAUAUGUCCGGAAACUCAUGGUGUCUGUUUUUGA